UUCAGUCAUUGACAGUCUUGGAUUCUCGUGGGCUGCUUUUAAACUUCGGUUCAAGAGGUAGAUUGCCUUUGUUUUCCCUCAAAGAUGAAUUAUAUUUCUGUCACGUUGUUAGCGUGCGUAUUACCACUUGUGUAUGGAGGAAAAGUGUUGGUAUUUCCAGUAGAUGGAAGCCACUGGGUGAACAUGAAGGUCCUUAUUGAAGAAUUACACACAAGGGGCCACAAUGUUACCGUGCUGAGGGCUUCUAACAGCUGGUAUGUCAAGGAAACUUCUCCUUUUUACAUCUCCAUUACGGUUUCUGACGACGUUAGUAUUCAAGCAUUACUUGACACAUUUACAAGACAGAUUCUGGUCAACAGACGAGAGAAAUCGUCUUUCUGGGCUCAUCUCAAGCUGAUAUCAAAGGCUGGAAAGGCCAUCGCAGAGAUGCAUCAACAUCAACUUGCUAUGAUGGGAGAAAUAUUUGAAAAUAAAACCAUAAUGGAUUUAAUCCAAGAAGCAAAGUAUGACCUUGUUCUGACGGAUCCUGCUUUCGGAAGUGGAGUGUUCCUGGCUCACCACCUUGGUCUGCCGCUUGUUUUAAACGCACGUUGGACCAUGCACGGAGAGGCACACUUUGAAAUCGCCCCUUCGCCUCUUUCUUACGUUCCUGUACCAGGAAUGGAGCUCACAGAUAAAAUGACUUUUGGUCAGAGAGUGCUGAAUGUAAUGGGAUACGUUUUUCAGCAUAUUCAAAAAGCCAGGCUUGUCUACCCGCAUUACCACUCCUUCUGCACCAAAUACUUCGGCGACGAAAUUCAGUAUGUUUCCCUCCUUCAAAAUGCAGACAUCUGGCUCAUGAGAAAUGACUUUAUCUUUGAGUUUCCACGUCCCACAAUGCCAAAUAUCGUCUAUAUGGGUGGCUUCCAGUGCAAACCCGCUAAACCCCUUCCAGGUGAUCUUCAAGAAUUUGUGCAAAACUCACAAGAGCAUGGGCUCAUUGUUAUGUCUCUAGGGACUUUAUUUAGAUAUCUCCCACAGGACAUCACAGAGGAAAUUGCUGCAGCUUUUGCAGAGUUGCCCCAAAAAGUUAUUUGGAGAUACACUGGACCCCGACCUGCCAAUAUUGGUAAUAACACAUUACUUGUCGAUUGGCUGCCACAGAAUGAUCUACUUGGACAUCCCGACACUAAAGUUUUUAUAACACAUGGCGGCACAAAUGGAAUUCAAGAAGCCAUCUAUCAUGGGGUGCCCAUUUUGGGUCUGCCUUUAGUAUUUGAUCAACCUGACAAUCUGUCUAGAAUGAAGGUGAAAGGCACAGCUAAAAUUGUGGAUAUUGCUGAUUUGGACAGGACUUCUUUUUCCCAGGCAUUGGAAGAAGUGCUGUACAACGCAUCAUAUAGACAGAAUAUGGAGAGACUGUCAAGACUGCACCGGGAUCAGCCAAUGAAACCUCUCGAUCGUGCUGUCUUCUGGAUUGAGUUUGUCAUAAGGAACGGAGGAGCACCUCAUUUACGAACACAGUCUUUCAGAAUGUCCUGGAUCGCUUACCACUCUAUAGAUGUAAUUUUCACACUUCUGACAAUAUCUACAUUGUUAUGUUUUCUGAUUUUCCUCCUCAUAAGAUAUCUAUGCUUAAAAAAAAUAUUUAAAAAGAAAAUUAAAUCGGAUUGAUUAAUGGGUGACACAAUAUCUCAACUUUAUUUUUAUAGUCAUUACAUUAAGGUUACAUUAUAAGAUACCUCACAGCUUUAGGUUAUGAGAAAAUGUCUGAAUAACAACCGUAACUCAUAUGUAUAUACAUUUAGUCAUUUAGCAGACGCUUUUAUCUAAAGCGUCUUACAGAGAGUUCAGGGAUCAAAAAAGCGAUAUGUCAUACAGGAGCAAUAAAACAAUGGGUGGCCUGUAGCCAGAACAAUAGCUGUUAAGAGAGAGGGUAAGUGUUUUUUUACAGUACAUAGUCUUACAUGGCAUUAAUGGAUUAUAACAACAAUAUUUGCUGUGCAAAGUCAUUGCCUUUUCUAAUGAAAUGUGUAUAUUCCUGCAUUUGUCCCCCAUUUAAAGGUUGCAUUGCAUUUUAGUAUGUGCAUUAGAUGAAUCUGCGACCUUGGUACAGCUUACAUUAAAGGCAGAGUAACCGAUUUCAGAAUUACGUUUUCUGAAAGGUGAAAUGUGCACAGGACGGACAUUAGCCGAGCACUGACGAAAGUGAAAGAUGGGGGUAGGGGUGUGAUGGACACCCUGCCUUUAAUGGGAGAUUUGUAAAGUCUUAUUUAACAUUUACCGCAAAAGAUAAAGAUUAUAAAAAGUCAAACUAAAUAUAACCUAGAGCGAAAAUUAUCUGGAAACAAAAUAAUGUUUGAAUGCAGUUUGUAAAUUUGGGCUUUAUUGCACAAAACAUUGUUUAAGGAAUACGCAUUGUUGCCUUUGUAGGCACUGUUUUUAUUUUUGGUCAGCUAUAUUUUGCGGUGACUCGUUUAAAACAUUUAGUGCUUCUUGUUAUUAACCUUGUCUGAAGGACACAAGCGAGAAAGAGUGCAAAUGAUAUGCAAAUUGAUGUUUUAAUUAUUUGAUGGGAAAAAAAUACUGUUUCAACACCAUGCAUCACCCAGGCAUUUAUCAGUAGGCUAUAACUGAACUUGUAUUAAAGAGGUCAUGUGG